UGGCUUAAUUCAGCUGUUGUCCGGUCUGCACCAGUCUGCACCGAACUGUACCGAACCGCACUGUUCGCACUUGUGUACGCGUGCGUUCGUAUAUCUGACAAUCUGACGACGGUGAAAACGAGACGCGAUUCCGUAAUCAAGACUUCAACCGAAGGCGUCGUUAACGAAGCCACCGACAGUAGCCGAUGCACAAUGACGGGGUUCACGGAGAGCGCCUUGAUCAAACGGUUGAUGGACCUGAAUCCGUCGCAGCAGAGCAUCCAGACGCUCUCGCUCUGGCUGAUACAUCACAGAAAACAUCAUCCGACCAUCGUGAAGAUCUGGUACAAGGAAAUGUGCAAAGUGAAAGGCAAUCGCAAGUUGACGUUUAUGUAUCUGGCAAAUGACGUCAUCCAAAAUAGUAAGAAAAAAGGACCAGAGUUUGGAAAGGAAUUUGAGACGGUCUUGCCUAAAGCCUUCGAGCAUAUGAAAGGUUUUGAUGAAAAAACGAGAGAGCGGUUAAAUAGGUUACUACAGAUAUGGGAAGAGAGAGGGGUUUAUGACAAGGCACAGAUAACUGAAUUUAAAACAGCUUUUGCAGAAUCUGAGAAGGAUUCUGGAGCACCGCUAAAAAAGAAAGCAAAAAUUGAAGUAGAAAAAAUAAAGAAAGAGAAGGAUAGAAAAAAGUCGGAGACCGAAGUAGAAGUGGACGGCACCAAAGAACUUCAUGUAACGUUGAGCCCAAGAACCCCCGGCGGCGAUCCACCAGAAACCGAGGAACUCAUCAAGGCCUUAAUGGAUCUGGAAAACACUGCGUCCUCGGAUGCUGGUGUUAGGGAGCGUAUUGCAUCUUUACCACCGGAAGUCUCGGAAGUUUCGCUGCUCGCGAACCUCGCCGAUCGAACGGCUGCAGAUCAAUUGAGUGCAGCAGUCAAUGAAGCUGCUGCUCUUCUCGCUGAUUACAACGGUCGAUUGCAGGCUGAGAUGGAAGACAGGAGAAGACUGCUGACAAUGCUACGAGAUUACACUCUGGCGCAAAGACAACUACUUCAACAGGCUCAAAGCACUCUAGAAGAUUAUAAAGAAAAACUUAAGAAGGUGUGUGCAGUACGGUCGGAAGUAAAGUCUCACAUUUCGAAUCUUCCGGAUUUAACGCAACUGCCUGACGUGACUGGCGGCCUGGCUCCUCUUCCUUCCGCUGGUGAUCUGUUUUCCAUGCACUAGUGUAGACUUGGAUGCGCACUUGGGCAAGUGGCGUUUAUUAUAGUUUAUCACUUCGAUUUGUGCAGAUGUAGAUGAAAAUUCGUCAAGAGAUCCAUAGUAUAAAAGAUUUGUACGACGACGAGAUACCAAAUUUGUAAUCGAUGAUUAUAAUUUUAACUUUGUACGGUGGAAUAUUUGAUAAAUUUGA